CAGCGUGAGGACACUCGAUCAUUAAUCAUUAUUAAUGUGCGUCGUCCGAUAAAUUUGCACUGUAAUCUAUUUCAUUUUUCACUACGAUUGGUCGAAAGGUGUAAAAGAACGGUUAACGUGUAAACUCUGCAUGUAACGAAAAAGCUGUAUAGACCCGGCAAUUAAUAUCAAUAAGACACGUGGUCUUUACAAGAAAUUUGUUUAGCAACGUAUGUUUGGUGUUUGCGUGAAUUCGUGUGAUUGGAAACCUGUACUACAAUGGCAACAGAAUUUAUGGAAAAAAUAUUGGACUAUCUAUCUAAGCAUGAUGAGGCGGAUUCUUUAGAUCUUGCUAAACACUUUAAUGUUGAUCAUCAGAAAAUUAUUGGUACUAUCAAAAGCUUAGAGAACUUUAAAGAUCUUUUAAAAGUUGAAGCUAACAGCCACAAAGAAUGGAUUUUAACUGAAGAAGGACAACACGUACUUGAAAAAGGUAGUCAUGAAGCUGCGGUGUACAAUGCUAUACCACCAGAUUCAGUUGGUGUUAAACAAGUAGAUAUCCUUUCAAAAGUUCCUUUUGCCAAAGUAGGUUUAUCGAAAGCUAUAGCAGCCUCUUGGGUAGAAUUAAUUAAGAAUGGUAGUGAUACUUUUAUUAAAAGAAAAGUGGAUUCUAUCUCUGACGAUAUUCAGAGGAAUUUAAAAGAAUUACAAACUUUGUCUGAUGAUUCAAAAAAAGAGUAUAAGAAAAGAAAACUAAUCAAAGAAAAUAUCAUAAAGAUUUUGGUGAUUCAGAAGGGACCAAGCUUUUCCACCAAAAUUGAAAAAGCAGAAGCUGAUCUUACUGCUGAAUUGCUGGUAAAUGAUGCUUGGAAGAAUAAGAAAUUCAAGCCUAUAAAUUUGGAUGCUCUUGGCACUCCACUUGAUGUUGGCCAUUUACAUCCAUUAUUAAAAGUUCGUACAGAAUUUAGAAAAAUUUUUCUUGAGAUGGGCUUUCAAGAAAUGCCAACCAAUAACUAUGUAGAGAAUUCUUUCUGGAAUUUUGAUGCAUUAUUUCAACCCCAACAACAUCCAGCAAGAGAUGCUCAUGACACUUUCUUCAUCUCAGAUCCUGCUUUAAGUGCAUCCUUUCCUGAAGAUUAUUUAGAAAGAGUAAAAAAAGUACACAGCGAGGGAGGCUAUGGUUCACAAGGUUAUAGGUAUUAUUGGAAAAUAGAGGAAGCUCAAAAAAAUUUGUUGAGAACACAUACAACUGCUGUUAGUGCUCGUAUGCUUUAUAAGCUUAUGAAACAGGGUAAAUUUAAACCUGUAAGAUAUUUCAGUAUUGAUAGAGUGUUCAGGAAUGAAACAUUAGACGCCACUCAUUUGGCUGAGUUUCAUCAAGUUGAAGGUGUUGUGGCAGAUUAUAAUCUCACUUUGGGAGAUUUGAUUGGCAUACUUCACGAAUUUUUUAAUAAACUUGGUAUUACAAAACUAGAGUUCAAACCUGCCUAUAAUCCAUACACCGAACCUAGUAUGGAAAUAUUCUGUUUCCAUGAAGGUUUAGGAAAGUGGAUUGAAAUUGGAAACAGCGGCAUUUUCAGGCCUGAAAUGUUACUGCCAAUGGGUUUACCAGAAAACGUUAACGUAAUUGCCUGGGGUUUAUCUCUAGAAAGACCUACCAUGAUAAAGUAUGGAUUGAAUAACAUUAGAGAUCUGGUUGGACCAAAAGUUGAUUUGCAGAUGGUUCAGGAUAAUCCAUUAUGUCGUCUUGACAAAUAUGAAAUAUCGGAAACCUCAGUAAAUCCUGGCGAAUGUUCUGUAGAUGAAUCACUUGUUGGACAACUACCAAGUAUUAAAGAUAUUGCGGAAGAUGCUGUUUUAUUCUGCGAUCCGAGGCAUCUACCUUAUUUUAUGGUGCCUUUAUAUUCACUUCUGAAAAAAGUAUUUUCUGUCCGCGUAUCAAUCCACUAUCACUCAUCGAUACCUGUAGUCUUAUCAUAUUUAAGAACUUUCUGCAAUCAUUUCACGGAUUCUAUCAAUUCUUCACUACCGGAGUUAAAGCUUGUACUUAUAUGGAAAAAAAUCGAGGACGAUCAUUCAUCUGUCUGCUCUUUACGGUACUCCAAAGAUAAUGAAAUCGUUGGUCAAGUGAAUGUGGUUCGGUGCUUCAGUAGAAUUAUUGAACGACAAAAUCCUCACCUAUUGAGAUAUGAAAGUCUUGGCGUACCUUUUGCCAAUCAGGUUGAUUUUUUGCUACGGAAGCUGGAGGAAAUUGAGCCGUUUAAUCGGCAAAGAUUAGAGACGUUAUACAGAAGAGUAAAACUUCAGGAUACAAUGAAGUUCUUUUAUGGAGAAGAACGGUGUAUAAUUGAUAUUUUUUUUGAAUCUUUGUUCGAUGUACGAAAUGUGUGAUUCCUGAAAAUAAACUGUUUUUGUGUUGAAGAUAAAGAAAAAACAAUUGUUUUUUUAAAAUAAUGAUAAAAUUUCAAAUUGUAUUAUAAAAGAGUUAUUUUUAAAUAUUUUUCAAGUACAUAAAAAUAAAUUAUAUAAUGCUCAUUCCUUAUAAAAAAGUGUUUAAAUAAUUUGAAAUAAUUUUAUAAUGCCAAAAUUUCAGUUUUUAAA